CAGAUCAAGUUCAGCUUUUUACCAGCUUCAUAUUACAUUGUAAGCCUUGCUAGGUUCCCUUUCGCAACAUGAUGGAUUUUUUCAUUGCAAGUUCCCACAAAAACGCAACACUUCCGGCCCCAAAGUUUGAGCGCUUUGGAUUCAAUGAUUUGCCGAUGGAGCUGCUGCUGAAGAUAAUGAAACUGGUCACAAUGAGUGAUCGCAUCGCUGCCGGGGAGACUUGUCGCCGUUGGUUCGAGGCAGCCCACUACUACACACCGUUCAACGAGAAGCUGCUCUUUCGAUUUUCCAACGUCAACUUCUCCGAUUGCGAACCGCCCAUUCGAAACUUUCUGGACGGGUUUCGAAUUUUUCCCCGGAUAGAAAUUACUUCGGUUACCUUCUACGGUAACAGCGAUUUCUGGCCGGAUUUUGGAGAGUUCAUCCUGGAGCUAACGAUUAAGAAUUGCCUGAUCAGGGAUACGGAGCUGUCGUGGGUGUUGCAACAUGUGCCCAAUGUUCGCAAGUUGAAAAUCGAAUCGUGCGAUGAAUUGUUUCGAACGUGGCAUUUCGAUAAGAGGUUUCGCUGUUGCGAAUCGAACUUCGUACUCGAACAUCUGCAGGACGUAUCACUUGCGAACAAUGAUUUCAUAGACGAGAUGCACUUCAAUUGGAUCAUGACGAUAUCGCCAAAUGUGGCCCAUCUCGAUAUAUCCAACUGCUUCAAGAUGGUUACAGCUCAGCGACGAGUUGCUAUGGUAGACCACAUCAUGCGAUUCAUCAAUAAGAAACGCUUCCAGCUGCUAACCCUGAAGUUCAACGGAACCCUAUCCAUCGAUGACAUCUGUCUUAGCACACUGGCGAUUUUGGAAGGGUUGUGUUUGGAGAGUGUAAGUCUAACGUUUUGUGACAAAAUUCCGCCAGCAAUUAUCGAUUUGCUCCGAAGACAGCCUGAAUUGAAAAUUACGCAAGCACUUCAGUUUAAAGUGAACAAAACCAAGAAAACAAUCCGCACUCCCGGGUUUAUCAGUUUUCUUACCAGCCAACCGGAGCUGGUUCACCUCGAUCUGUCCGGGUCGCUGGGAGUAACCGACGAAGUGAUGGAAUUGAUCACAAGUUGCCUGCCUAAUCUCAAAACGCUCAAACUGCGACGCUGCAUUCUUAUCACGGACGAAGGCAUUAUGGACAUUGUCAAACUGGAGCAUCUAGAGGUUCUAGAUCUUUCCAACUGCGAACGAAUCUCGGAUCGAGCGAUGUUUAAUGGAGUCAUUGGUCGGAAGAUGAAGAAAUUGAAAGAACUAUACUUGUGUGAUUUGCCAAGCCUCAGUGACUACUCGUUGAUCCAGGUGACCCUCAAUUUCGAACUGAUUCAGAUACUCGAUCUCAGCAGUACUCCAAACGCUGCCACCGAUGCCACUUUGCAGUAUAUCAAUUUCUAUCUGAUCCAUCUGAGGCAGCUGAUUCUGUUCUGCUGCUCUAAAGUGACCGAUGCAGGACUGACUGGGCUCGAUUUGCCAUACAAUCCGUUGGAGAUUUGGGAUAUUUCGGAGUCGUUUUCAAUCGACCGACUGUUUAAACUACGCACACUUAAUCUAACCGGAUGUUACAGAAUAACAGAUGUAUCGCUGCAGAAAGCUCUCAGUCUGAGCGAACUCAAGGAACUGCAUCUAGCGCGAUGUUCACUGAUAACCGAGCUGGGUGUAGCAGAACUGGUCAAACGCAGCAAAUCCAUCGAAUAUCUGGAUCUAAGUGAAUGUCCGAACAUCAACGACAAAUGUAUUGAACUCAUCACUGCCAACCUGAAACGUCUCAAGACCCUUAAGGUGAUGAAAUGUCCCCUCCUCACCGACGACAGUCUUUAUUCGCUUAGUAGAAAUUGUCAAUAUUUAAAGUUUCAUUGCAGCACAUUUCAAUGAGCGGAUGCUUCAAGAUGACCCGGUUCGAGGACCGAUUAAGUAGCAUAGCCAGCCUUAGAACGAUCGACAAUAAAGAGAUCGCGUAGAUAGAAUCGUCACACCCACGCUACCG